AUGCUUGGUGUCCACAGCUUGGUUUCAAAACGUUGGCUGGUUUGGCGUUUUGUUUCGGCUCAACAACACUACUACACCAUCGUUUUCAGUGGUGCUAUACUUGUUGAUCCAAUUUCCUCGAAUGCUCUAUUGAUUAACACUGUUGAGGUGUACGGUCGUUUGAACUUGGUUGAUGCACACCAUGAACGAUGUUUGAACAAACGUGGCGCCCCUGCAGCAACCACCAACCCACCAACGACUUCUCGAUACAAGGGGGUUUGGACGAUAUCAAUGAAGGAUGAAGACGGCACGAAGCUGAAUAUUGCCACCAAGACUUUCAAUGCCUUGGCGACUUCAUCAAUUCGACUCGAUACCAAACACGCGGCAGAGUUGGGACCAACAACGAGUAAAUUUGACAUCGAUACCAAGCAUGGUCGUGAUAUCCAGAUCUUUUUCAAUGAGGAAAACUACAUCGAUGCCACUAAAAUCGCCUUCAAUCAACAUGCAGCCGACAUCAGUGACACAGAUAUUCUUCAACCAUUUCGCCAGAUACGCUCAAAAUUCAAUGAGCACUCUUCGUACAUUCCACCCCGAUCAAGCAGCUCGCACUGUGAUUUCCAUCGCUUACAACCCCAGACGAUCUUUACCUACUGUACUUUCGACACUUCAUCAUUACAAUGUGACGGCAAGUUGGCAUCACAGGUGUUUGCCAAUAUCGCUCGUGAAGUAAUCAACAAGAGAGAAAAGGCCAUGCUUCAUAAGAGCUUGAUCACCAAUAUCAUGGGGAAAUGUAAACCAGGCGGAAAAGUCAUGAGCAUUUUGAAUGACAUCAGUGGAUUGUUUACCGAUGGAUGCACUACUGUCACAAUCUUGGACAACAUGUCGCUUUGUAAAUUUCUCAAAUCCCUUGCCCACCUAUUACAGCCAUACAUUUCGCAAGCAAAUCAAACCACUGGUUGCUCUAUCACGGCUCUUUAUUCAACAAAAGCUGUCGCUGGAGCACAUUGA